AUGUCUCACGGCUACGGUUCCAACACAAGCUGGAUGUUUCAGAAGAUCUGCAUGAGCUUCUCCACUUGGGGUUAUGCUGUUUUCACCGCCAAUCUUCUCGGUCACGGCCGCUCCGACGGAAUCCGCUGCUACAUGGGUGAUAUGAAGAAAGUUCCAGCAACAUCAUUGUCUUUCUUUAAGCAUGCUCGUUGCAGUGAUCCGCCGUAUAUGCAUCUCCCUGCUUUUCUCUUUGGUGAGUAUGGGGGUCUUGCUAUACUUCUCAUGUACUUUCAGUCUGACCCUGAUACUUGGACCGUUUUGAUAUUCUCGGCUCCUCUAUUUGUUAUCCCGGAGGAUAUGAAACCGAGCAAGCCUCACCUUUUGGCUGAUACUUGGACUGCAAUGCUGGAUAAUAAAAUGGUUGGCAAGGCAAUCCAUCACCCAGAAAAGCUCAAAAUCAUUGCAUCUAACCCGCAAAGAUACACCGGGAAGCCUAGAGUGAGAACAAUGAGGGAGAUACUAAGGAAGACCCAAUACGUGCAAGAUAAUUUUGGGAGAGUGAUUAUUCCGCUAAUGACGGUGCACGGGACAUAUGAUGGAGUAACAUGCCCUUCAUCGUCAACGCUACUAUACGAAAAGGCAUCGCGCACUGAUAAAACAUUGAAGCUUUAUGAUGGGAUGUACCAUUCCCUGAUUCAAGGAGAGCCUGAAGAGAACGCUGCGACCGUGUUGAAGGAUAUGAGAGAGUGGAUCGAUGAAAGGGUAAAGAGAUAUUGAUCUAAGUAAAGCCGCUUGAAACCUACAUUUGUGAAGAGAAGUGUACAUUGAUAUCAUGAUCUAUACUUAUGUUUGUUUGUA